AGCGCUCUGCCAUUGUUCUUGUUCUGGAAGUCUAGGAACGGGACGGGACGACGUUGGUCGGGUACCGGACGGCAGGUCUGUCGUUAUGACGGGCUCCGGUCCGAAGCUCGGGGUGCUGCUGCUGUUGGCUGUUCUCCUGCAGACUGUGGUCGUCACCAUCACCGUGCUGCACUUCUCCACGGCUCUCAAUUCGAUGAAGGAGACGUUUGCACGGAGCAGCGUUUCCUGCCUGACGGGCGCUGACCUGCAGAGCAUCACGGCUGUACGGGGGGAUCCAUGCUGGCAGGUCACGCAGCAGCUUCACCUGCUCAUUGAGAAGUCUCUGUCUCAGCGUUACCAGAGGCAGAUUUCAUCGGCAGUCAGAGAUGAAGUAUCGCGAGUGUUGCCCUCUCUUGUGAUGGUGGACGCAGCUUCACCUCGCCCCAAAGUCGCAGCCCACGUCACUGGCAGCUAUGCGCCCAAACUGGGCCAAGAGGGAGGAGCUCCGGUCUCCGCUGGGCGGCGAGUUCAAGGCCAGAAGAUUUCGUGGUGGGAGGGGCAGAAGGGGCUGGCCUUCCUCCAGGACGUCCAGCUGGUGGAUGGGGAGCUGGUGGUGCCGCAGCCCGGCCUCUACUACGUCUACGCGCAGACCUACUUCAGACACACCCACUCCCUGGAGGAGGAGGGCGAGGAGGGCGAGGAGGCGGAGGACAGAGGGAGACCCCUGCUGCAGUACGUCUAUAAAAAGGUGAGCUCCUACCCGGUUCCCAUCCUGCUGAUGAAGACGAGCCGAACCUCCUGCUGGUCCCGGGGCUCUCAGUUUUCUCUGCACUCCGCCCACCAGGGGGGGCUGUUCCCGCUCAGCAGCGGCGACCGCCUGUUUGUCACCGUGACCAACGCCUCUGCUGUGGACAUGGACGAGAAAAGCAGUUUCUUCGGCGCGUUUCUCAUCAGCUAGACAAUCAGACGCAGGACUCGGGAUCGCGGGUUGAUUUGGGCAAAUAAACCAGAUCUACAGACGCCGUCGUGAUUUUUUAAAAUGUUUGUGAUGAACUGUCUGGUAAAACAUCAAAUCAGCCUCUGGACUUCUUGAUUAACAGAAAAUGAAAAACUGCAACAGCGAGCCUCGCGGGAAGUCUGUCUUUCUUUUUUUCUGGUUUCGUGGGUGGACAAGAGACUGAUACGUGUGAGAGUUAAUCAGACUCACAUUUAUAUUUGAGCGUGUUAAAGUUGACAGAGAUGACAUUUUCUGUUGUGCAAACAUUUCUUUAAGGCAGAAGUACUUUUUAAGGUAAAUUUAAACCUGCAGUGCAGAAGUUUUGUCUCCCCCUUCUGACAGUGAGAGUAAUUACACAAAACACUUGCGCGUGAUAUAAAGGCUCGGCCAAACUGAGUUGCUGCUCUCGCUACGGUGCUCCACUCUUCAGCUCUUCAUUGCUGGUUGGCAUUAAACACAUCUCUACUGUUUUGCCAGCGUGGGAACGUUCGCCACCAGAAGUCAGAGAGAUUAAUCUGUCAGUGAUGCGCUUAAUCAGCAUUGUGUGAACUCAUUUGGGGAGGGCACAACUCACACUUAGCAGCCUACACAUUCUCCACAAGGCGGAGCUGUUUGCUCAUCGUGAGCUCAGACAUCAGGUGCGUUCAAGAUGACUGCGGCUCAGUUUCGCUGACUUGAUAGUCAAACGUGAGCUGCCGGCGACUGCAGGGACGUGGUAUAAAAACCCUGCCGUCAAGUCGAACACAUUCUGCUUCCCGUAGAGCGCGUGAGCUUAGAACAAUCGCUGAAAUGCCGCGAGAUCGCAGGACUCAGAAAACUGCAGCCGCGUUGCUCCCGCGAGGUUUAAAUGUCUUGUGGCAUGGUGACAAAUUCUAACCAGUAUGCAUCACAUUAAUUCAUGUUAAGACCUACACACAUGCCGAGCUGCGCCACCUAUAGCAAAAGAAAGUUUUAGGAGUUUAGACCUCUGGAUAAUUUACCUACAUUACUCUCUUUCCAUGUUAUUCAUUUUAUAGCAAACGCCUGAUGUUUCAUUGUUUUUUUGAAAAACUGGACUCUUGUUUGUAUAAAACUCUUGUCGGCUGAACAUUAGUGAUUAUCUGAGUCCACACAUGUACAUGUUAGCUGAGUCUCUGGAUGUGUGUAAAGAUGUAAAUAUUGUGCUAUAGUUUGUUUUUAUUGUUCUGAUAAGCCUGCAAGUUCUGGGUCUGCAGCUCUGUGAACUGUUUUCUCUCAGUGAGAUGUCGAACAUGAGGGUGGAAGCACGAACAUCUGAAAUAAUUUGCCUGCAGCCAUGACAGGCCUUUCAGACAGAGUGGUUGCCCAACAUCAUCCCCUCUUCCUCCAUGAGCUUUGCAGCAAAUGUUAACACGGUGCUCCUUACAUAUCAGCCUCUGUGCUGUGUUUUUGUUGGCAGCAGCGCCACAGUCUCCCUUUUCUGCUGUCGUUCUUCCAGCGUGUUGGUUUGUCCGUCGUAAUUGCUCUCCAAGCGAUGCAGAAAACGCUCCCUGACGCCUGGUAUUCUUGGGCAUUCAGGUCAUGUUGGAUUGACUGCAGAUGUGACAUGCAGACGUGGAAAACAACCAGCAUCCAAACAAGCUGAAACGUGGGAUUGUUUUUUUGUCGUCCAUGUGACACUGAUGCUCAAGGAAAUAUAAACCACAAUGAUCUGUUUUAUUUCACUGAAGGAGAACUGGAUGAAUCAGGGAAUAUAACUGAUUAAGCUUGAAGGCUCAUUCGUGAUUUAGGAAAUAGUAAUUUGACAAAAAUAUUAAAUUUUAAUUUAAGGUCUACUUACUCAAAUUCUCCUGGGACUUAGAGCCACAUAUUAUGACCUUCAUCAGCUCACGGAGCUACGAUACCAGAACCCAAAUACUAAAUAUUUAGUUCACAUGAUGACAACUGAGCGAACACAAGUGGCCGUGAUAUGCGGCUGAAAGCUUCAAACUAUUAUUUCCAAGGUCAAGAAUGAAUCCUCAGUUAAAUUCACUGAUUCGUCCAACUUCUUUUUGAGAAAAGAAAAAAGAUGUCUGCAGUCAUGAGCUCCAGUUAAGUAAACAUCAUUGUUAAUUUUUUACAAUGUGACGUGAAUGCAGCUUUUUCUCUGUUGCACAACACUCUUAUUAUUUUUGCUACAAAUGUAUAGUUUCUUUAAAUGUUUUAAAGUGUCGCCUUCCACAAAGAUUACUGUGGGAAAUGUAUGCUCCAGAACCAAAACAUGAUGUUAAAUGGAUAGUGAUGAGAAUGUACGGACAUAACAUUUAUAGUUUUGAGUUGACUGAUUGUGAAGGGGGAAGUUUCCCCUGUCACAUGUGAUCAGAUCCUGCUGAGACGCUGGUGUCAGUAGCUUUACCUUCGGCCUCCGUGUGGAAUAACGGGAGACAUCCGCCUGCAGUCAAGUCGUCUUUGUCAGCUGGACCCUCGUAAAAAAAUAAAACCCACACUAAUCAGCUUGUAGACAAACAAAAUUUUGAACUGUUUACCAGAUAGACCAAAGCUAAAUGUGAAUGUAAAUAACUCAAGUGAUUUUUUUUGUCUGUAAAUAUGUGAAAUAAAGACACUGUAAAAGGGA